AUGUUACCCCACAGACUGGUUUUUUUAGAGGCUUCUUCUGGUCCUGGUGUUCCUUCCGCUGAAGCUGGAUUCCUCUCUGUUCGCCCUGGGGUGGUUGGACAAUUAAAAUUUGAGUGCACUCAAGGAAUCUGCCAAGAUGAAAGUGUUGUUGAGUCUCAGCGUUCUGCUCUGGUCUCAGUGUGCAGCUCGGCUGAGGUGACGUAUGCAGGAGUGAAGGUGGUGCCCAGAAGUGCCUCAGUCUCACCACGACUGGACCCAGUGGUUUAUUCUGAAGUUAAGAAACGACAAGACAGACCACCGAGAUGUUACUAG